AUGGACUACCCUUUGAAGCGAGGAUGGGAGUUGGGGGGCCCCUUAAGCCGCGCAUGCGUCGUUGAGGACAACGGCUGCCUCCGCCAAAUUCCCUGCUGCGCUCUUGUCUCUAAUUUCGCCCCCCCAGCUCGUUUGUGCAACUCCGAAAAAGGGGGCGACGCAGAAGAAGCGCUGCUGCUGCUGCGCGACAGCAAAAUAACAGAAAAUGAAAGUCUCCAUUUGCUGCACGAAUUAGGCCACGUGAUUCACGGCCUUUUGUCUC